UAGGCGCAACAAAGAAGAAUUUAUUAAGUAGCAGUUUACAUUUCAACGUUUUUCAAAUCACAUCACUGCACAAAUAAUUGUACAUAUGUAUAUAAACAUUCAGUGUUUCAGGCGCUUCGUAUUGAUUAUCGGAUUAAACGUUAGAAACAUUUGAGAACUAAUUUCAAAAACGGUUCCACAAACCUAUACGAUGAACACUUCUCAGCCGUUGGCGCCAGGGAUGCCAGAAAAAAAAAGCCAGUUCCAAAAGCGGGACCCAAAAUCCAACACCGAGGAAAGGCUUAUCUUCGCAGAAAACGCUCUAAAGAGCCAGAUUCAAAUAAAGGAUCAGUUACGCCACCAACAACAAUCAACUAUGUAUGCGACGUCACUAGCCAACUCUCCAGCUGCCGCUUCAGUUCGGGCACAAUUCCUCAUUCAACCAGCAGAAAGACCUGAUUACCCACUGAGGGUUAAUUCCCUGCACCAUGUAAACUUGACCCCAGCUCAAAAACAAUUAUCGCAAAUGCAACCACCAAUAUGUAAGUCGCCCAUAGGCCUGGAUACGUCAUAUUCCAGUUAUCAAAACACCAAUGGAAGCAUGGUGUCGAUAAAAAGUGAACAGCAGUUGUGUCAAAUAUACAAUUCGCAGCAACACUCCGAUUACAUUAUUUCCGAUUAUAUGGAUAAAAUUGCUACGCGGAUUAGUUUACUCGAAACAGAGUUAAAGUUUGCUUGGCGUGCAUUGGACUUGCUUUCUACAGAGUAUGGAAAGAUUUGGGUUCGUUUGGAGAAGCUUGAAAACAUAUCAAUAGAACAACAGUCUGUAGUUACUAAUCUUAUGGACCUUAUCGGAGCAGCAAAUCAAGAACAGCAGCAAAGCAAUUUCGAAGGAUUAGAAUAUCCUUCAUUUCAGGAUGAAGAUCAAUUGUUACCAUUGGUAAUGGACGAUACUAUGGGCAUAGACAUGGUCUUAGAGGCCGAACCAUCUGAUCCGGACUAUAAUAAAGAACUAAGUUUUGGAGAUCAUAAUCACACUGUAGUAACAGAGCUUACGCAGGCUCGCGAGUCGGAUGUAUUUUUAAAUUCAGCUUGUGCAUUAGAUUCUGACAAUCCUUAUCUUAAUUUCGAAAAUAUUGAUUUGAAUGACGAAAGAUUGAGCACUGAAACAUCAAAUGAGGAAUCGAGAAUAAAACUUUACUCAGAUUCCAACCUUAUGUUUUAUGAGCAGCAGCAAUUUUUGGCAAAUAAUGCACGUGCGGAACUUAUGAAGGAAUUUAUAAAUGGACGUAGAGUUUUAAAUGAGAUUUCGGCAUCCUCAGGUGCAUCAUCGAAAGUAACCAGAAAAUCUACUAAUAUUUCACAGCCAAGAGAAGGACUCAAAAAUGACCAAUCGUAUGUCGAUUUAGAUGGUGAUCACAUAAGACAGACAAGCAACGAAGUAGAUAGCCUUAUUGAAGAUGUUAAGUUUUUUCGUUUAGCAGCCUCUAAAACCGGGGAGGGCGGAAAUCAAGUAUUACCCAUUGAAGAUACCGGAGGAACGGAAAUCUCAUCUAUUGUCAAUGAAAUGAACGAAUCCUUUUACAAGAAACUUAACGAGGCAUAUCGUGACAAUGACUUGAGUUCUGAGAUAUUCAAGGUGGAUGCUUUGCUCCAUCAGUCUGAAGCUACCCACGAACAAAUUUCAGCUAUCAGUGGCCACUUAGCUUCUUCCUUAGCCUUAAACAAUGAGGAAGAGAACGAUGUUAAAAAAGUGCAGUCCUUGGAAACGUCAGAAACCAGUCUCGUAAGGCAGUCAAUCAACAAUUUCAGUAGGGAGUCAAGAAAACAUCGGAAAAAAAAACAUCAUACAAAUGAAAUGGACAUGAUAAAUAAACUGAAAUGUAUCCUUGCGAAAGCACAGUCGUCACAGAUUAUUAACAACGAUACUGUAGAAUUGGGUACGGAACUCUUAGGUAGGGGUGAUCAAAUUGAAGUUGGAGCCGACAACAUACAGAAUGGGUUAGACAAUCUUCGACCAACUAGUAUCACCUAUUUAAGUGAUGACAUCCGACUAAUUUUGGACAACAUAACAGAGACAUUAAUAGAGGAAAUAAAUAAAAUUGCAGGCCUCCAAUCUUUAAGUGCAUCACAAAUUAGUCAGUUACGCAACACAGUAUGGUCAGAGGAAAAGUUUUUUCACAAACUCAGUCAAGUCGAUAAAAAAUUGACUCUGCUCCUUCUUAACCCGAUUACUUUAUCUGAAGAAUUGCGAAGGCUUCGAAUUACGAAUACGAAUGAAAAAUUUGUUCUAGUAAUGAAAAAGUUCAAUAAAAAUAUUGACACUUUAAAAAAAUUAGUUGGUAGCUCACUGGACGAUUUUAAAAAAGACAAACCGCGUGCAAAUACGAUCUCAUCUCACAGUCUCAAUCCAACUCUUACAUCCAAUGGUUGUAGUUUUAGUGCACAUUUAUUGAGAAAUAAUUCCGAUCUAGAUGAACAGCUAAAGAUUCUCGAGACUCAAGAGAUUGAAAUAAACCGUAAAAAGAAAAUAGACCAAAUUGUAAGCGGGCUUGCUGAGGAAGUAGACAAACCUUUCAACUCAGAUAUUGAAUAUGAAAACAAUUACAGCUAUACCAACUCAACCGAUGAUUUUAGAAGUUCCACAAAAAAUAUUUACAAUGAGGAUGAGUAUAUAAAGUCUUUAAAAAAGAGUCUGGAGCGUCACAACAGCAUGAUUUUUCUACUUCAUUUACAAAAUCCUGAGAAACACAAAGUGUCGGCUGAUAUGAAUGAUGCAAUAAUGGAUGCAAACCGAUCCAGUCUCAGUCCGCCCCCACCAGCUCCCAACGAUAUCCUUACCUUUAACGAGGCCGUAAAUGAACUCAGUGGAGAUAUUGACUCUCACCAACAAAAGAAUGCGAAGUCAGACUCGGGCCUUUCGUCGAUGAGCGGUUGGUCACCCAAUUCCCCCGUGUCAGCUGGUAUCCAAAACUGCAAUUUUUUCUGUAAUAAUGGCGUAGAGAAAAAAGGUAAAGAUUCAUUGCAAUCGUAUCAUUCAUUGCCAUUAGCUGGAAGUUCAAACUUUAAUAGUUUACCGGCCGGCUAUGACAAAACUAAUAUUGGUAAACAGAACGAUUAUGUAAUAUCAGAAGAAAACUUCAACUAUAUUCAAGAGCUUUCUAAAAAUUUACCCAUUUGCUCUGCCUAUGAAAACAAGUCUAUCUUUGAUAUGAAUUCUGACUUGAACGAGAUCGAAAAAUUUUCAACUGUUGACGAAAUGCUAGAAUGGGACCAGAUUAAUGAACUGGAUAAAAAAAAAAUGUCUACCGAACGGUUAAAUUCUGCCCGUAUGCCAGACCUGUUGACUACCCAAACACAAAAAUCCUCUUUAAAGGCCACUGUAAAAAAUAAAUACCCAAGUGAGAAUCUUGAAACUGUCGAACGGCCACACAUUUCAAACAUUUCAAAGUAUAGCCGUGUGGAAGCAUCUUUGGAUCAUGAAAAAUCGCAGCAUCAAACAAGCAGACCCUAUUUGACAGAUAGACUUGUAUUCUAUCCGUCAUCCAACUCUAUUACCGAUUACAAUAGCAGCAAUAAUUUAGAUUAUUUAGGACAACAAAAUCAAGUACGUUUUAUUAAGGAAUCCGGGUACAUACCAAUUGUUUCACCUCCACCGGUUCAUCUUGAGUAUAAUGCUAAUAACUAUUCUGAAGCUCAUGUGCCAAUUCUUUUUAGCUUAGCCAAUUCAAAUCAAUCACAGCACGGUUUUGAAUCUGUAUCUAGUGUCAACUCUGCUGAUCCUUCUACCUAUGCUAAAAAACAUCAACAGUUUGUAUCAAGACAUUCGUCUGCUAAGCCACCAAAGGUAUGGAACAAGCUAAAUACCCUUUUAACAGAUAAUCUAAAGCUUAAGCGUAUAUCGAAGUUUAAUCGAUCUCAGUCCUUACCCGGUGAUGUGCAAAGUCAAGGCAAUCAAAGACAGCCUCGUGGCCAGGCAGGGUCGUGUCCGUUAAUAUCUCACAAGCGGUCAAACGUAAGUGGAAGCCAGGUUCAGUUAUCAAAAAGAUUACAAAAGCUACCAAUGCGUCUUAUACGAAGAGCGACAGGAGCCCCAUUCGUGCGACGGCUGUCUCAUCCCGACUCUUCUGUUUCAUUAGAUUCCGCUGCCGGUGAACCUACUCCAAGUGAUACUGGUGUACACAAAAAAUCACUUUCGUCGAAAAUGAAUAAUCUAAUGCAAAAGGCGAAGACUUACAAACGGCACAGCUCUCUCCUGCGCCGCGGCUGUAACUUGUCGGACUCUGAAUUAGAUACGCCGGACUUUACUUCAUCGGAUAACGAUAAAAGCUCUAUAAUCGGAAGUAAAAUUACAAGGAAUCAAUACGAGGAUGAUGUAGAGGAAGAUUUUAAACAACUCACCUGUGCCUAUGAGAAUAAAAAGGAAUUAGGUGGUUCAAUGGAGGAGGUAAGGGACAGUCUGUCACAUAAUUUAUUCGCUGUUGUGGGUGACCUGAAAAAGAUUCAAAGCCCCAUAUCAACCAUUGAUGUCUCGACAACAAUUCCUCUCGACAAAAAUUCCAUUACAAAUAGUAAUGAAAUUUGCAAUGUGGAAAAUGUUACCAUCAAAAUGCCAGAGAUUCUCUUGGAAACAUCGUCACAGGCGUGCCUUCAAAAACUCAACUCAGUUUAUAUUGACGACCUCGGCGAUGAGAACAUAUUUGGAAACUCGGCCAACAUUGAUGUGAAUGUCCCCACCCUAAGUAUUCAUGAAACAUCUGAAGAUGUUGGGGAUACAGAAAUAAGUGCAUUACUUACAACGGCAACAACAACAACAACAACAGCAGCAGCAGCCACAACAACAACAGUCACUCGUAAUCUCAGUGCCAGUGGUGUUUUGUGGGUCACGCAGCAGUGUUUAGACAUUCCAAACAAUCCUGGCUAUGGGUCGCGGGAGGAUGACGAUAAUCGAAGUCAACAUUCUGCUCGCACUCUCUCUUCUUCGCGUAGGCAAAGCACUGAGGAUAGCAUAGACACAGACGACGAAUACUUCUAUUAUGAGCUUCGCCAGCUAGAAGAACAGGAACAGCAACGUGCAGAGCUUUCUGGAGUCGCAUCUGGCGAACCACGUGAUGAUGAUGAGGUGCUAUUUUCCCAGAUAGGGCAACUGGUCCAAAACGAUAUUAACGGAGGAGAUCGAUUUCGAUCUGAUGUCUGUAAAAAUGACGAGGAAUUUACUACUUUUUCUCCAAGUGAAAGUGUAAAGUUACGGAUGUCCGAAGUAUUUAGUGAGCUUAAAAGCGUCGUUAAUUUACAGGCAGACGUAUUUGUUCACGAUACUCUUGAAGAGUUUGUUGUUGCAAAGGCAGCAGGUGAAAAAUUUGCAACAGUAUGUGACAUGCAUAGCGCUUGGCAGGAUGUAAACGGCGAUUUCCAAGUGGCAGCCUCAGAAAUGGAUUCGAAUGACGAUGCCGAGAUGGAAGAUAAAGGCGCGGGGAUUGCAUGUCAUCUACCUAAAAAACAUCGAAAAUUGCGACGAUUAAAGAAGAAAGCACGUGAUCGAAAUGUAAAUAUUUCUAACGAUGAAGCCAGUUCAAGUUCGUCAUGCUUUUCUGAAAAUGAAUGUGAGCAAAAGGAACAUAAUCGACUCUUUGACCAGUGUAUUACCAAAUUCGACGCAGAAAAGGAAGAAAAAGAUAGACCAAUUAAAUCAACGGCAUCUAGUGAGACAUCUGGACCUGAUACACCGGCAGAGAUGAGCGAUGUUGAGAUAAGCGAAGCAGAAAUAUGUAUUAAAAAUGAUGAAAACCCUUUGCUGGACAAUCCAGAGUUUCUUGAUAAAAAUUUGAAAAACAAGCCCCUGGAACCUGCUCAGAGUAAUACGCAUUCAAUGGAUAAUAUUAAAAACGAAUUAGGUCCAUCUCAGAGCCCUAAAAAGUUAAUUAGUCAAGAAUCAGAUUUUGAUGGAUCCCAGGUUAUAGGUAGCAAUGGUGGAGCGGGUCUUGGCAGUAGCAAGUGGAAGUUAUUAAAAACUUUAAAGGAGCGCAAGAUCGAGGAGAAAAAUAAUCAAGAUAAAAUUAAGGAAGAUGAAUUGACCAAGGACAAGGAAAAGAAUGGCGGUGGUACUGGAGAUGUUGGAUUACGUACCAAUGGACAUCCUAGUGACAAUCCGUUCUAUAGCAAUAUUGACAGUAUGCCGGAUAUUCGGCCUCGUAGAAAAUCUAUUCCCCUUGUUUCUGAGCUGGUUCUCAAGGCGCAGCUACAAUAUGCGCCCGCGAAAAUGGAUCAAUGUAAUCUGUUAAGUGUGCAUGAAAAUGACCAAACCACGACAAUGGCCGCUACAAAACGAAAUGCUGGACUAACAUCUGCUGUUCCACGUGCAACGCUUAACGACGAAGAACUGAAAAUGCAUGUGUACAAAAAGGCUCUACAGGCUCUGAUCUACCCUAUAUCAUCGACUACGCCCCACAACUUUCUACUAUGGACGGCAACAUCUCCUACGUACUGCUACGAAUGUGAGGGUCUUCUGUGGGGAAUAGCACGACAAGGAGUGAGGUGCACUGAGUGCGGUGUAAAGUGUCAUGAAAAGUGCAAAGACCUGCUGAACGCUGAUUGCCUUCAGCGUGCUGCCGAAAAGAGCUCAAAACACGGCGCGGAGGACAAGGCGAAUUCGAUCAUCACCGCGAUGAAAGAGCGAAUGAAGCAACGUGAGCGAGAAAAGCCAGAAAUAUUCGAGUUGAUUAGAGCCGUAUUCAGCGUUGAGGAGAAGAGUCACACCGGUCAUAUGAAGGCUGUUAAACAAAGCGUCCUGGAUGGCACAAGCAAAUGGUCGGCCAAGAUAGCAAUCACAGUGAUUUGUGCUCAAGGCCUGAUAGCGAAGGAUAAAAGCGGUACCAGUGAUCCAUAUGUGACGGUGCAGGUUAGCAAGGUGAAAAAACGAACGCGAACAAUGCCGCAGGAACUUAACCCUGUGUGGAACGAGAAGUUUCACUUCGAGUGCCACAACUCCUCAGACCGUAUAAAAGUUCGAGUUUGGGACGAAGACAAUGAUCUUAAGUCGAAACUUCGUCAGAAAUUAACUAGAGAGUCGGACGAUUUUUUGGGCCAAACAAUUAUCGAGGUUCGUACACUUUCCGGCGAAAUGGAUGUAUGGUACAACUUGGAGAAGCGCACAGAUAAAUCCGCUGUAUCAGGCGCCAUACGGCUACAUAUAUCUGUUGAAAUAAAGGGCGAGGAGAAGGUAGCUCCUUAUCAUGUACAAUAUACCUGCUUGCACGAGAAUCUUUUUCAUUAUCUUUGUGAAGAAAAUACCGGAAUGGUUAAGUUGCCAACUCUAAAAGGAGACGAUGCUUGGAAAUUAUACUUUGAUGAAAUUCCCGAGGAGAUUGUAGACGAGUUUUCUAUGCGGUAUGGAAUCGAGAAUAUCUAUCAAGCUAUGACGCACUUCCAUUGCCUAUCUGCCAAAUACCUUUGCCCCGGAGUACCAGCUGUAAUGAGUACGCUGUUGGCAAACAUAAACGCGUAUUAUGCUCAUACGACUGCAUCUUCAGCUGUGUCGGCCAGUGAUCGUUUUGCAGCCAGCAAUUUUGGGAAAGAAAAAUUUGUGAAAUUGCUGGACCAGUUGCACAACUCCCUUAGAAUCGAUUUGUCAAUGUACAGAAACAACUUUCCUGCAUCGAGCCCAGAAAAGUUAAUGGAUCUAAAAUCAACAGUCGAUUUAUUGACCAGCAUAACAUUUUUCCGCAUGAAGGUACAAGAGCUGUCUAGUCCGCCGAGAGCUAGUACUGUAGUUAAAGACUGUGUUAAAGCAUGCCUGAGAUCAACCUACCAGUUCUUGUUUGAAAACUGCUACGAACUUUACAACAGAGAAUUUCAGGUUGACCCCAACGAAGCAAAACGGGCACCGGAUGAUCAUGAACCCAAACUGGAUAGCGUUGACUUCUGGCACAAGCUAAUAGCUUUAAUCGUAUCGGUUAUAGAUGAAGAUAAGAACAGUUAUGGAACCGUUUUAAACCAAUUUCCCCAGGAACUAAAUAUUGGCCAGUUAUCAGCAUCCUCAAUGUGGCACCUUUUCGCUGUCGACAUGAAGUACGCACUCGAAGAACACGAACAGCACCGUCUAUGCAAGUCGUCGGCUUAUAUGAAUCUUCACUUUAGAGUUAAAUGGCUAUAUAGCAAUUACGUUAAAGAGGUGCCUCCCUACAAAGGGGCGGUCCCCGAUUACCCAGCAUGGUUCGAGCCUUUUGUGAUGCAGUGGCUUAAUGAGAAUGACGAUGUGUCAUUGGAAUACCUUCACGGCGCAUUUAAACGUGACAAAAAAGACGGGUUUCAAAAGAGCAGCGAGCACGCGCUUUUUUCAAAUUCGGUUGUCGACGUUUUUACGCAAUUGACGCAAUGUUUCGAUGUUGUUAGCAAACUCGAGUGUCCUGAUCCAGAAAUUUGGAAACGUUACAUGAGGCGUUUUGCUAAAACAAUCGUAAAAGUGCUUAUAGCUUAUGCGGAUAUUGUAAAAGUAGAGUUUCCAGAUCAUAUGAAGGAUGAAAGAAUUGCUUGCAUACUUAUGAACAAUAUUCAACAACUAAGGGUGCAAUUGGAAAAGAUGUUUGAGUCAAUGGGAGGAGAUAAGCUAGAGGAGGAUGCAGCCAAUAUUUUGAAAGAACUUCAGCAGAACCUUAACUCGGCGUUGGACGAUUUGGCAUCACAAUUUGCUAUCAGUUUGGAGCCACGAAUAACUCAGUCGGUGAGAGAACUAGGUGAUAUGCUGCUUUCUAUUAAGGGAGGCAGUGGAACUCUGGCGGCUGGUAACCUAGCAGCUCAAAGAAACGCCGUCGCCGUUGAGGCAGAUGAAGUUUUGAGACCGCUCAUGGACUUACUUGAUGGUUCUUUAACACUUUAUGCCCAGUCAUGUGAAAAAACCGUACUGAAGAGAUUACUAAAAGAGCUAUGGAAGAUCGUAAUGCGAAUAUUAGAGAAAACCAUUGUUUUACCACCAAUGACUGAUAAAACCAUGAUGUUUAAGCACCUUACUGACAAUGCAAAAAAUUUAGCAUCCAAUGCAAAAAUUGAAGACAUGGGACGAUUGUUCAAGUCCCAUAUGGCAGGAAAACAGGAUGUCAAAAGUGCCCUUAGCGGGGUAAUGGACAUAUCGAAGGAAGUCGAAAAAAAUUUGUCACCAAAACAAUGUGCCGUGCUUGACGUUGCCUUAGAUACAAUAAAACAAUAUUUCCACGCCGGUGGCAAUGGACUGAAAAAGACAUUUCUAGAAAAAUCCUCUGAACUGCAAAGUCUACGUUACGCACUCAGUUUAUAUACCCAAAUGACCGACACCUUAAUCAAAACGUUUAUAUCUAGCCAAGUCCAUGAGGUUGAUCCUGAAAGCGCAGAGGAAAGUGUCGGCGAAAUUUCCGUGCAAAUAGACUUAUUUUCCCAUCCAGGCACUGGCGAACAUAAAGUGAACGUGAAAGUCGUUGCUGCUAAUGAUCUUAAAUGGCAAAUACCGUCGGGAAUGUUUCGACCAUUUGUUGACAUUAAUCUAAUCGGACCACACCUGCAAGAAAAAAAACGAAAAUUCGCUACAAAGUCAAAGUCCAACAAUUGGUCACCCAAAUACAACGAAUCUUUUAGUUUCACCAUUGGAAAUGAGGAGCAGCUAGACUUUUUUGAGUUGCACAUUUGCGUUAAGGACUAUUGUUUUGCUCGUGAUGAUAGACUUGUAGGCGUUGCUGUAAUUCCACUAAAAGAUAUAUCAGAAAAGGGCUCUGUCGCAUGCUGGUUACCCUUAAUGAGGCGUAUUGAAAUGGACGAGACGGGUUGGACCAUUUUAAGGAUUUUGUCACAACGUAACAAUGAUGAAGUAGCCAAGGAAUUUGUCAAGCUGAAAUCUGAAAUAAGGCAGGAGCCAACAAUGGGCACAUAAGAAUGGCAGCCCGUACUACUCAAUCUCCAGAACUACACCUUCAAUGUUAAAUAUUACAAAAAAUUUAGUUUUACAAAACCAAUUAUAUUUUAUUUAUUUUAUUUAAUUUUGUUAUUAUUGAAAACUGUUUCUCGGCAACAAUCUCAUAUAGAACAAAUCAUACAUAUAAUAUACAAUAUAUAUAUAUAUAAAUCCUUUAUCUAUGAAAACUAUGUAUGUUAUAAAAGAAAUGCUCUGUGACGAUUAAAUUAGUAUCAUAAAUCUGUCACAUUUAAGAAUUGACCCACAUCCCCAAACCUCCAAGUUUAUAAUGUCCUUAACAAUAUUAAAAUUCGCACUCAGAUUUUCACAAAAAUGAUCAUACUAACUUCUGGCAAUACAUAUUUACGUACGUCUCUAAAUCUGCAUACUCUCGUACAUUUGUACAUAAUGCUGGCCAGACGCAGACAUGUUUGGUUACGAAAUCCAUUUUUCAUCUGUACAUUUAAAAAUCACUAAACGCACAUUCCUAUUUGUGUAAAUAAGUACCUGUAUAAAUAUUAAUUGGAAAUUCUGGAAAACAUUUGUUAAAGAUACAUACUUCACAUAAACAAUAAGUCCAUAUGAAUUCUUAUUUUUUUCUAUUGCAAUAAAAUUUAAAUAGUAUUUAAAUUGUCGAAAUAAAUAUCAACAUUUCACCAUAGAUUAAAAAAAA